AACAAUUAUUACGUAUGUGUGUAUCUCUAUAUAAUAUGUAUAUAUAUGCAUAACAGAUCGCCGCUCACUGCCGCUCACAUAACGGAAAAAGACAAAGGACCUCGCCAUUUUCGUACAACAUCUUGAUCUUGAUCUUCUGUCGAACGGAAGGCUGACCUGAGAUCGUUGGUCGUUUCUGUGGUGAUUGCUGACAUCGCAAAUUGAUCAAAAUGCCCUACUAUGCAGUGGCCAAUGGUCGUAGGAAUGGAGUUUAUGACAAUUGGGAGGAUUGUAAGGAGCAAGUAAACGGAUAUUCUUAUAACAAUUAUAAGAAAUUCGAUACACCCGACCAAGCUUGGGACUUUGUUGACCAACAUUCUUCUAAAGGAAAAAAUGAGAGAUCAUUUGAUAGCAACAAAGCUAUAGCUUGUCGAAAUGACAAUCAAGUUGCGAUAAGGGGCAAUUACCAAAGGGAAACUAGCGGCUAUCAACGUACUGAUUAUACGAAAGGAAAAAACUCCGUCGUUGUACGCGAACGUUCUUACAGGAGUGGUAGAGAUGGAAGCGGAUAUUAUGUCGAGAAAUAUACACGCACCUACUGGAAAAAUAAUGAUUCGUCAUCCGAUGAUGAUUAACGAGAUGCCAGAGAAAAGUCUCCAUUUCUCCAUAUACUGUCCAUAUAAGUCAACAGCAUGCUGCAUGAUCAUAUUCUGAAAGAACUAAAUAAGUUUAUAAUAUUAGGGUGGCCAAUAAGUCCGUGCGGUUUUUAUAAGUAUAAAUAUAUACUUAUAAAAACCGCACGGACUUAUUGGUCAACCUAAUAAUUUAUAGAAAGAACUAGUUUAAGUUGAGAUCAGUUGGAAUGUUAUUCUUAGUUUUAUAUAUUAUCGAUUACAUAUAAGUUACUAAUUGAUCAUGCUUUUUUUUUAAUAUAUGUCAUUAUUACUAAAUAAAUGCUAUAU